AUGCGUUGCAAAGUCUGCUUUUUGCGUCACAUCAGCCUUAAAGAUUCACCAUCUAACGAGGAUGCCACUGGGGAAAAGGGUCCGCUCUUCUUCAGCUUCAGGGAGAUUAGAAACACAACACGUGACCAGCAUCCUCUCUGAACUGGGGCGUACAGGAGGCAGGACAACAUGCACUUCUGUGCCAGGUUGUCAGGGUAAGAAAGUCACAGAUGAAGUCUCAGGACCAAGACGAGGGGGUGUCAGCGAGGACAGAAAAGAGCUGCCUGAAUGGUUGGUUCGAGAGCUGCUGAGACAGAACAAGCGAAGACACACUGUCACGCUUGGAGAUGCGGCUCAAAUCAUGACACGACAACACCACAGUAUUGACUCAGCUCGCACACUCUGCAGUCUCAAGCCUGACAGCACAUCGGGCAGGACAAUCUCUCCCAGAGCCAGGGAUGGUCAUGCUUCAGGCCAAAUCUUUUCUUUCUCCAAUAAGACUGAUGAGACGAUAUCACUCGACAACCUCCAGAAAUUAAAACUGGCAUUUGAGGAAUUUGAUGCGGGUGGCUUGAGAUCCAUUAAUGCAAAGAACUUUGCACGUAUUGUGAAGAAGUGUCUGGCUUUGCCCGAGACAAGCAACGCGCAGAUUCAAGGGUUAUUUAAGAAGAUUGAUUAUUCAGGCCAAGGGAGAAUUUCAUGGGGUGAGUUCUGCACACACGUGAUGCAGGAGUACAAAGAGAAGCAGGAAUCUGCGAAACGCAGUAAGCAGGUGGCUUUCAUUCUGCCUGCCACCAUGAAGCCGCUGUGUCACGGCAUUCCCAUCAUCAACAUCCACUCCACCAAUGAUGGCACCACCAUCACAGUGCGAGAAGACGGGGUUGUUUGCUGCUGGAGCCCUGAACUUAAACAGCUGAAGACCAAACACAUGUUUAAUGAAGGGCCUGCAAACAGGAAGUCAAAAUGGGCAAGUGAUUUUACCCUGAUGACAGAGUUCAACAAGCUGAUGGUCGGAACAGGGGACAGAGAGAUCCAGCUUUAUGAGCUCUCCACUCUGGAGCCUUAUUGCCAGAUCAAUGCAUUAGACACAGUGCCUUUGACAUUAGACUGCGGCUUCACCAGCCCUGAUAAAUGUUGUAUUCUGUACGGAGAUGCUGAGGGAUGUGUGACUAUCAUUUUAAUAUCCUCUGCUGGAGAUACCCUCAGAUUAUGGAAUAAAUUACCAAAGACUGAAAAUAUGCCCAGCAUAGCAGUUGACAAUGCGGUGCUUUCUCCGAAUGUGACAUUUGUUAGAUGGAAGGUUCAUCAGGACUGGAUAACACAGGUGAAAUACUUUAAGUCUUUUCAAGCUGUUGUCUCCUCAUCAAAUGAAGAAUCUUCCUCCCUCGUUAUAGGCUGUGUGCUGCCGUUAACGGAUGCUGAGCAGCAGUUGAAUGAGAUCAGAGAGGCCUGCUACGAAGGGAAAACCAAGAAGAUCCAUCUGAGCUGGACCCCACAGCUCCGGGCAUCAUGUGACCAGACAGUUUUCAGCAUCUACAAAGGUGUCAAGACCUUUGACCUUUGUCAGAAGCACAGUCUGAUGAUCACUGGAGGCAUGGACAGACUGAUACGCAUGUGGAACCCACAUUUUUCUGGGAAACCAACUGGUAUUUUGAAAGGCCACUCUGCUCCCAUCGUCUACCUCCGCAUCCUCUCAGAGGACAGUCAGAUCUUCUCUGUCUCUGUAGACAGCACUGUGAAAAUUUGGGAUAUUCAAGAUCAGUGUUGCCUGUUUACAGCAGACCCCAAAGCCAGCGGGAUUCACGGUGACAUAUCUGCAUGCUCGUAUUCCUCUGCUCUGAAAUCCCUGCACAUAGCAGCAGACUGUAUGGCUGUGCUCUCCCUGAAGAUAAGGCCACGGCUUCACAGGCGUCUGAAUGUCUCACAUAAUGAGCCUGUAAUGUGCUGCGGCUACAGUGAGGAGUUUCGUCAAGUUGUCAGCUGCACUGAGGGAUCUGUGGUGAAGGUCUGGGACUUUGACACUGGACAUCAGGUUUUUGAGUUUGGUGGCACAAAUGACCUGUCUGCCAUCACCUGCAUGACUUUUGACCCUAAAGGGAGGAGACUCGUCACAGGAGGAAGAGACGGUUGUUUAAAGAUCUGGAACUUCAACAAUGGGAAGUGCCUAAAGACUCUCAAGAGGGAUGGUGUACGUAACGAAGUGUGUGACUGCAUCUUUCUUCAAGUUCACAGGAACCUCUAUGUGAUGUCUGUCGGCCGGGAUCGGAAGAUUGACAUUUACUCAGACGUACCUGAGGACCUUCAUCAUGUCCAGAGGCCACAGCGUUCAUGGCAGGAUGAUCUGAAAAAUGGCCAUAAGGAGGACAUCCUUUGCGUGGUGCAAUGUCCCCCAUCUCUUCUAGCCACCAGCAGCUAUGAUGGAGAGAUUAUAGUGUGGAACGUGGUUUCUGGAUGUAUACGGUGUCGAUUUGUCAGCCCUCUUCUGCCUGAACAUCAAAAUGUUGAAGGACUGGAUACAAGCGUUCCAAGCAUCAUUUUUCUUAAGAACUCCAAGUUACAGCAGUUUUGCUCGGCUACAGCUUUGCUGUCGUCUGGAGCAAUGGGCUGUUUAAAUCUCUGGAACGUGCUCAAUGGAGGAAAAUUUGUGGGCAGCUUCAAAGCUUCUAGAUUCCAACAAAAGAUUACAAAACUGGCUAAAACAGAAAAGGACACGUUGCUGUACGCUGCAGACCGAAUUGGUUAUAUCUAUGUGUACAACAUGGAGAAGUUCGCCCCAGAGCAGAAAUCACUUAGAGCUGAAAACUACUGGCGUGCCCACACCGGCAGAAUUACUGGCCUGCAGAUUGUUGACAAUGAUCAAGUAGUGCUUACCUCAUCCACUGACUACACUGUGCGGCUUUGGAGUGCACAUGGAGAAUUCAUAGGGACCUUUGGGCAGCCUCAGAGCUGGAGCGUCCACGUCUCCUCUUCGUGGAAACAUCCUGCUGUCCCCUAUGAGAUUUUGAUUGAUCCUGUGAGUAUGCCCAAUCAUGAAAUGCUGAACCUAAAACCACGUCUUUCUGAUGCCAUCAAUCCUGACAAGACUGAAGCUCAUAGAGGUGAACUAAAGUCAGAGACACACAGUAAGCUGAAACUUCCCCCAACAUCCAUCAGUGACACAGCCACUGAGGAAGAUUAAAAGCACGUUUUACCCAGAGGAACACAAAACUGGGCUCUGUCAUGAGACUGUCAGGCACACUAACAAGCUAUCAAAGCACUGCAUGCUGAAAGGCCUUAAUACUGUGGAGCCACCAGUGUAAGACCUGACCUCUCAUAAGCUGCACUGAGGAACUGGAGUCAACUGAAAAACAUGAAUCUGUAUUGAUCAUAACUGGGAAACUGGGUCAUUGCAGCAUCCAAUAUUAUAAAGACACAGCAAGGAAAAUUCUAAAGGAAUGAAAUAAUAGUGAGAAUAAGGGCUAUAUGUAAUCAUACCCAAUAAGCUUUUGCAACAACAGAUCAUGUGAUAUAACACAAUGGAUUAAAUAAAUCUGUGAAAACCACAGAGUGUAUAAUAUAAUGUAGCUUCCAUGGUGCCACCCAUUGGUUUGCAUACCCCCGUUUUUAAGCAUGAGCCCCCACACUGUCUGAUCAAGGUUGGAAUAUUGCGACGCUAUACUGUUUCGCCAUUCUGCAUAUAAGGUAUGAUCAGGGACUGGGGGGACAGAGUUGUCUUGCCUUUAAUCUACCACGGAAUGUUGUAACAGCGCCAAAACGGUGUCUGCAGCUAAUAGCAGUUAGUGGCUAACUGAAAGAAGAAGAACAGUGACUGAAAAUGUCCACAACUUAGUAAAAACAACGAGGUCUGGGGGCUCCUUAUCGUCCAACCAGAAGACGAGAUCAGCUGCCAUACAACAUGGAUGGUAAAUGACUGUUUUUUACAUGUUAACACCAUUGUUAUUGUUUAUAAAUCGCUACUGACGUGUUUGUUACA